AGCGAACGUUGAAUUUAGAGGGUCUCUCACCACCGAGGUGGCAAGUUAGCUCGUUGGAUCAACGGAGGUGGAGUAGUUGCUGUUUGAAGACAAAAGCCACACUUUUCAUCGGUUUACCACUGGAUACGUAACUCGUCCUGGGGUUGGAUUAACUGAAAUCACUUUUUUAGUUUUUCUUUUUAAUUUGCUUUAGAAGACUAAAACUCACCGAAGACAAUGGGAUCCCAGUCAUCCAAGGGAGAGGUGGCCGCGGAGGCAAACGCUGCUGCCGCUGAUGCUGCAGCUGUCAAAACCAACGGGCAGGAGAAUGGACACGUGAAGACCAAUGGUGAUGUCUCCACAAAGUCGGACGGGGAUGCUGCUGCUACCAAUGGCUCAGCCGAGGCAGCCAAAGAGCCAGAGGCUGGCGCGGGUGGCGAUGCUAUCGAGCCAGCACCCGCUGCAGAUGGAGAGGCUGCAAAACCAGAAGGUGAAGGUGCAGCGAAAGAGACCCCCAAGAAGAAGAAGAAGAAGUUCUCCCUGAAGAAGUCCUUCAACAUUAAACUUAAUCUGAAGAAGAGCAAGAAAAGCGAGGCUGUGAAAGAGGAAGCGCCAGCUGCCGCCCCCUCUGAGGAGAAACCCGCUGAGAACGGAGCUGCUGCUCCAGGGGAGGAAAAGAAGGAGGAGGUGAAAGAGGAGCCUGCUGCUGCUGCUGCUGCUGCAGCCGAGGCUCCAAAGGCAGAGGAGGGGGCAGCUAAGGAGGAGGCCCCCAAGGAGGAGGCCAAGGAGGCGGCCAAGGAGGCAGCUGCUCCAGCCCCCGAGGCCACGAAACCAACAGAGGAGAGCAGCUCGACCACCGCUCCCUCUGAAAAGAAAGAGUGAUUGUAUCCGAACCUCACAAUGAACUGGGUGAACUGUUUUUCAAGAGAGUGAGAGAAAAUUUAAGAGUAUAUAUAUAUAUAUUUAUAUAUAUGUGUAUAUGUAUACAUAUGUAUAUGGAUAUAUGUAUAUGUAAAUAUAUUCAUGUAUGUGAAAGACUCCUUUGACGUGCCACUUUUCGUCAUGAUACCAAGACGACAGACUAGAUUCACUAGAUCACUUCCCUGGUUACUGCUCGACAUCUGGACCCGGACUGAGUUUUAGGCUGUGGGCUGGUCGCCAUGUGGGAAAUGGAUUAAAAGGCUAGAACGCCACUUAGUGACACCAUGAAGGAUGGACGGAUGGAGAACGAUGGAGUCGAAGCAUCUUUUCCCUAAAAAUCUUCAGAUCAAGAUGCCUCCUGGGCUGAAGGAAUGAUGGUAGAUGAAGUACUAGGACACCACCACCACUUGAAAUGACUGUUAAAUAAAGAAAAAAGAAAAAUGAAAUCAGAAAAAUUAAAGAGACUCGCCAACUUUUUACAUUCCUAUAUUUUAACCCAAAUUUGAAGUAUUUUGUGGUGUAUUAUAGAGAACCAUCUUAAAGAUUCAGAGAAGAUAUGUCUCGUUUGUUAAAAGAAAAAAAAAAAUAGACGAUUUUGAUUUUUACCUUACUAUGAAAAAAGAACACUUAAGCUUGCUAUGUUCACUGUUGCGGUUUGAUAUGAAGCAGAGUUGUUUAUCUGUCGUGUGUGAGCCUGAAUCUGCUUUGUCUCUGUAAAUACAUUGGAUUGAUUUCUGUUCUUUAUUUUGCUAAUGUUGACAGAUGUUACUGGUUUAUUGUAAAGUUGAUAAUGGUAAAUAAAUGUUGGUUACCUGCC